UGGCGGGCUGCCCCAGGCAGGAGCUCUGGCCUCUCCCGGAGGAGGACUCAGAGGAACAGGUAACCUCCUUGCGCCGCCUUUCCUGGGACCAACUAGAAUCCUCAACUCAAGACUCUGUCCUCUAGGAGUCUUGGUGCUGUUCCUUGGGGUCCAACAUCAACGGUGCCCCGCGGCAGACGCCUGAAACGGUGCCAGAUCUUGGGCACCAGGAGUUGAGAACAAUGGCUCUAAAGCGGAUUCAAAAAGAGCUUGUCGAUCUUGCUCGUGACCCCCCAUCCCACUGCUCUGCUGGACCUGUGGGAGAAGACCCGUUUCUAUGGCAAGCAACCAUCAUGGGACCCAAUGACAGCCCCUACCAGGGCGGAGUGUUUUUUUUAACCAUUGCGUUUCCUUCCGAUUACCCAUUCAACCCACCCAGGGUAAUAUUCAAGACCCGAAUUUACCAUCCGAAUAUUAAUAGAAACGGAAGAAUCUGUCUGGAUAUCCUCAGGGGCCAGUGGUCGCCAGCACUUACAAUUUCUAAGGUUCUUUUGUCUAUUUGCUCCCUGUUGUGCGAUCCCAAUGCAGAGGAUCCCUUGGUUCCCGAGAUUGCCAAUCUCUACCUUAAGAAUAGGGCAGAGUAUGAAAGAAUAGCUCGACGAUGGACUGAAAAGUAUGCCAUGUGA